CGCUGCCGUCGUCGACUUCUUGACCACAUUCGGGCCAUAUCACAACGAACAUCGAGGUUUUCGAAAACGAGCAACUCGACGAGUUCUGCCAACAGACACCAUGGACAACGACAUCCCCAUCACAGGUCUCGAUGACCUCACGGCGCACAUGGACGCUCUCAUCGCCGACCCUUCCACUCCUCUCGAAGCCAAGCUGUUUGACGACAUUGAGCUCCAGCUUACGGACUCCAACACCCCUCCCCUCCUCACCACCCUCCUCCCCCGCCUCGUCCAAAUCCUGCACACCACCCCCUCCGACCCAACCACCCCGGCCUCGUUGACCACCAAACUCCUCCGCCCUCUCUCCUUCAGCCAAAUCACCUCCCUCGCGCCUCCUGAAUCCCUAAUCCAAGCGCUCGAAUUGCCCUUUCCCGCAGCCAACAUCCUCGCCAUGACCAUACUCCACAAAGCCGCUGCCGCUCCAGCCGAAGUAGCCCAGCUAGCAGCCAUGCAAGAAGUCGUCCACUCCUUUGUCCGAACCUGGCUAGGCAGUAGCGAAGUAAGCGUCGGAGAAAAAGGCGGGCGAAUCAUGGGUGACCUAUUGGACGUCGACUGCGAGUUCGAACCCCCGGCACGACCACAACGACAACAACAACAGCACCCGCUUGAUGCCGGGAUGCCUACAUGGCAUGAUAUGGUCUUACGGAAGGAAAAAGGUUCAGGGGCGUUGUGGCGCCGGAUGUUUGCCGACCAACAAAUAUACACCCUCAUACUCGAUUUACUGGCUGGUCGACAUGAAGAUACGGAUGUUUCUUCCACUUCCGACGCCGAGGAAAGGAAGAAAAAAGCAAGACAAUUGACCCUCGCGCAAGGAAGGAUACUAAGGAUUUUACCGAGACUAGCAGCGUUGGAUUUAAACAAGGUCGCUCGAAGCGAAGUGGCGGCUCCAAUGCCGGGAUACUACAUGUUUGCUACGGCGGCGACGACGAACGGUCACAACACUUCCCGUCCAAACGGCAGGACAACAAACUACAACAGCGACAUCCUUACCAACGGAGUCGGAGUCGAAGAAGAGGAACAGGAAACGCAGAUGCCCCUCCCGGCACCACCAAAACACGGACAAGGCCUACUUCACUUUGCUGCCCUCCGCAUGGUCGAUCGCAAUGAUGUGCUUAUGCAUUUAUCGCUGAUUGACUUCUUCGAGGCCUUUGUCGGGUUGAUGCGCGUGACGCCCCAUUCCGAGGACAAGGUGAAUAUUAUCAAAGACCUUUUGAGAGAGGCGGUGGCGGAUGAUCAGUUGCUGAGGGAGAGCUUGGAGAGGUUACCGGAUAGGACGGUGGAUGAGGAAAGGGAUGAGUUGAGGGGAUGGGUGAGGGAGGUGAUGCCCGUGGGGGGAGAUGUUGAUGUGGUGAUGAGGUAG